AUGUCGAACAGGGAAAAUUUGAUAGGGUCCUUACCCGUCGGAAACAGAUCGAAUAAUGGACAACAGAAUGAAGAAGAUUCUACAGAUUUGAUGGAGCUAAUCGAAAUGUUUGCCAAAAGACGUGUAAAAUUGAAUGAAUGGAUUGAAAAAGCCAGUAGCUUUUAUAAGGAGGGGAAGUACGACUGCUUCGAGAAGAUGCUGCAGAAUGCGAUCACACGUGGCUCCAAGUCCUAUGUGGACUAUAAGAAUGAACUGGUGAGAACCCACUUAAUCCUAGCGGCAUACUAUGUCCGGCAGGCGCAAUGCGAUCCCGGACACCGGCGAGCCGAGUGGCAGGAGAAGGUGUCAACUGUGCUGCAGGCCGUGGACAAGCUGCAAGUGACACCAAGUGAGAAGCUGCAGUUGCAGUCUCGCGGAAUUGCCCUGAUGCUACUCAAUCUUCAUUUGCCGGAAGCCGAUAAUUGCUUUGUUGCCGUGCUGAGACAGGAGCCCACUGAUGUGAUCGCUUUGCUGGGACGAGGCUGCUUGGCCUACAAUCGUCAGGAGUAUCGUGUGGCACUCGGAUACUUCAAGAACAUACUGCUCUAUUAUCCCCAGGGACCAUUAGAUGUGCGCGUGGGCAUCGCUCACUGUUUCCUAAAGCUGGACGACUUGGACAGUGCUCGGCGAGCCUUUGAGCUUGCCUUGGCCAACAACGGACGCUGCCUGAAUGCGCUGCUGGGAAUGGCGCAGCUGAAGCUCAACGAACGCACUCGUCCGGCCAACGAGGAGGCCAUGAAUCUGCUGUCUGCCGCCUACGAGCUGAACCAGCGUCAUCCACUGGUGCUCAGCUGGCUGGCCAACCAUCUCUACUAUUCCCGACACUACGAGACUCUGCAGGUGGUGGCAGGAAAUGCCUACGUCGCCACCGACAAUGAGCAGUUGAAGGCGCAGAACUGCUUCCAGAUUGCUCGCAGCUUCCAUGCCCAGCAGAACUUCAAGCAGGCCUUUGCCUUCUACGGCAAGGCGGUGGCACACAGUCCAACGGAGUAUCCCCCUCCGUACCUGGGACUCGCUCAGAUGUAUGUGCGACGCGGGCAGCUCGAUAAGGCGGAGAAUUCCCUGCGUGCUCUUCUCAAGUUGCUCCCGGAGCAGCUGCAGGCAUUGCGCAUGCUCGCCACUCUCUAUGCCCAGGCGGAUGUCGAGAGCAAGCUGGACAUGGCGAUUCAUCUGUUCAAGAAGGCCUUGAGCGAGGAUGACUUUGACACCUGGCUAGGUCUGGCCAGAACCUAUGAGCGAAAGCAACUGUGGCAGGAAGCGUUGGAUUCCUACGAUCAAGCUGUUCGCAUCUAUCAGCGAUUGCACAAUACAACCCAAGAUGUGCCCUUGACUUGGUUGAACAACGUGGCCGCACUCCAGAUGCAUGCGGGCAGACCUAAGGAAGCGCUGAAGUCCUUGGACAAAGCCCUGUCCAUGACACCCGAUGCCACGCAGGAGCAUUACGAGAGCAACCUGCUCACGCUGAGAUUCAACCGGGCUCGAGUGCUGGAGGAACUGCAUCUGGUUGAGCAGGCUGAGAACAGUUACCAGCAGUUGAUUGUGGAGUAUCCCAACUACUACGAUUGCUACCUCAGACUGGGAUCGAUGGCCUACAAGUGCAAUCAGCUCCAAGUUGCCAAAGAGAAGUUUCAGGCUGUUCUUCAAAUAGACAGCGGAAAUGAAACAGCCAACAUAUACCUGGGCAAUUACCAUGUCAGACAAGGCGAUCUGGAGCAGGCCAUGCUCAACUAUAAUGUGGUCAUGAAUCGAAACAAUGAAGUGGAAGAUUCCUAUAUGCUCGUUGCCGUGGGCAAUGUUGGUCUGAUUAAUCUGCAGAGGUCCAUUGACGAGGGCGAUCAUGAAAUGACAAAGCAUCAGGUGCAGAAUUCCUUGCAGCUGUUCAGAAAGGUUCUUGAACAAAACCAACGUAAUUUGUGGGCGGCUAAUGGAAUUGGCGUGGCGCUGAGCUGCAAUGGCUACUUUUCGGAUGCCGACACGAUCUUUAAGCAGAUCACAGAAUCCCCCAAGCGUUGUCCAGAAGCCAUCUUGAACUCCGCGCACGUAGCCCUGGAGCUGGAACAUUAUUCGGAUGCCAUUGAAAUAUACAAAAAAUAUCUUAAGAUGUUUCCAGCAGCCAAUUGCGUGGAAGUGAUGCAGUUGCUCGCAAGAUCCCUUUUCCAGGCAGGCUGUACCAAAGAGGCCAAGGAAUGGCUACAAAAAGCUCGUCAUAUGGCGCCCUAUGAUCUUUAUUUGCUUUACAAUCUGGCAAUUGUCGUCAAGCAGGAAGGAAGCGAUGCAUUUGGCAAAAAUGGAUCCAACUUGGAAGAGCUGCAGCGUGCCGAAGGAGAUCUAAAACUGGCCAAAAGUUUCUUCAAUUUUCUGGGUCAGAAACAAGAGUCCUUACAUUCUUCCAAAAGUCAAGCCGACUUAUGCCAUCAAUUCUUGGAAAAUGCGCCCGCUGAGCUAAAGAAUUUUCAUAUAUUGGAAGAUCAAAAGAAUCAGGAAAAACUAAAGAAGAGUGAACAGAAUCGUCAGGAGAUUUUCAAGAGCAUUUCGAUAGAUCCAUUCAUUAAACCUAAAAGCUUGCAUAGAGAAACAUCUAGCAAGUCUAAGAGAUCCGAUAGAGAAAUAUCUACUAAAUCUAAGAGGUCCGAUAGAGAACCAUCUAACAAACGAAAGAAAUCAGAUAGACCUAGAUCUACUAACCCAAAGAUGUUGACAGAAGAAUUAUCUACUAAACCAAAAAAAUUGGAAGAUGAAUCAUCCAUUAAGAAAUCAGACGCAGAAUCAACUACUGAAUCAACGAAGUUGACGGAAGAAUCACAUACUAAAUCAACAAAAUUGGAAGAAGAAUCAUCUAUUAAGCCAAAUAAAUCGGAUAGCGAAUCAUCCACUAAACCAAAAAAAUCCCAUAGGGAACGCUCUACUCAACCGAAGAAAUCCCAAAGGAAACUCUCUACUAAAGCAAAGAAAUUGGAUAGAGAACCAUCUACUAAGCCGAUGAAAUUGGUUGGAGAAGCAGCUUCUGAACCAAAGAAGUUGCAAGAAGAAUCAUCUACUAAACCAACAAAAUUAGAGGAAGAAUCAUCUACUAAACCAAAAAAAUCUCAUAGGGAACACUCUACAAAACCGAAGAGUUUAGAUAGAGAACCAACUAGCAAGCCAAUAAAAUCGGAUGGAGAUGCAGCUACUGAACCAAAGACGUUGGAUAAAGAAUCAUUUGCCAUGCCAAAGAAAUUGGCAGAAGAAUCAUCUACUAAACCAAAAAAAUCCCAUAGGGAAUACUCUACAAAACCGAAUAAAUUGGAUGGAGAACCAUCUACUAAGCCGACGAAGUUGGAUUCUGAAACAUCUAUUAAACAGAAGAAAGUGGACAGAAAACCAUCAACUAGGCCGAAGAAAUUGGAUAGAGAACUAUCCACCACACCAAAACAGUUGGAUGGAGAAUCAUCUACUAAACCAAAUAAGUUGGAAGAAGUACCAUCUACUAAUCCACAGAAGUUGGAUGAAGCAUCAUCUACUAAAAAAAAGAUCUUGAAAGAACAACCAUCUACUCAGAGUGACCAAUUAGAUAAAGAACAAUCCACCAAACCAAAAAAGUUGGACGAAGUAUCAUCUGCUCAGCCAGAGAAGUUAGAAGAAGAAUCAUCUACUAAACCAAUGAAGCUGGAUGAAGAAUCAUCUACUAAACCCAAAAAUCUGGAUGAAAAGGCAUCUACUAUACCCACUAAUGAAGUAGAAAGCGAUGUAACUGAGAUGACUACAGUAACCAUUCAAAAUACAGAGAAUUUGGAUUCGAAAUUAUCUACAAAACAAGAAGAAAACAACACAUCUGUGACGAAAGAAGAUACGCAGAAUAUAACCAAAGAAUCUUCGAGCAAGAAGAAGAAGAAAAGGAAGCACAAGUCCAAAGAUAAAACAAAGAUUGAGAAUUUCACCAUGUUUCACUUUCUUGCUGAUUUCUUGGUACAAGUAAACUAA